CAUGUCCCUCGCCGUAACUUCCCUCAUGUGACUCGCAAAGUCAGAUGCAAUCCUUUGCAAUAUAGUGAACUUUUUUCAGUAAUAAGUGUUAAUUUGAGUAUCAAUGAUUUACUACAUUUUCAUGUAUUUAAUGGAUUGUUAUACUUAAAUCUUAACUGAAUUAAAUUGAAAUAAAUUUAGACCCAUUUUUAGAAACACAUUUAUAAACACAAAUUCAUUUUAAAAAAAUAUCUAAACAAAUUGCUGGAUUAAUACAAAUCAUUCAUCAAAACGGCAUUACAUAACAAUAAGUUUUUAUGUUUCCCACGUCCACUCCUGAGAUAGGAGUUCGAAAAGUUUGCAGGGUCCAAGUUUUCUCUUGCUUAAAGUGUUCACUAAAAUAAAACUUAUUGUAAGUUCGUUGAUAAAGUAAAUAGAAUUACAAUAUAUAAAUGGAAUUAAAAUUAUGCAACUUCUAAUGGGAAAUCAACUUACCUCCUUUGACAACAUUAAACUUUCCACAAGGACCCGCAACACUAUAGUUAUAAAAUGUAAAUGAUUUAUUAUAAUAAUAAAGUAAUACAUUAAAGAAAGUAAUUUUAAAGAAGCUCGUCAACCAAUAGAUUUUAUGGAGGCUGAAUUUUUGAUUGAGUGCUAGCGAACCUUUUUAUAAUGUACUUGGCACGGGCUUGGAAAAAGUUUUUGCUGGUGUGCAAGGAUGAUUUCCAUUUGAUGUGUUUGGCAUUACUUUAUUGGCAAGGAUUUUUAUAAGUAAGAAUUUGUCUUGGAAGUGUGCUUGUUGUGAUUGAUUUUCUGUAGCUCAAUGUGGAUGGAAAUGAUAACGGAAAAUUACUGUUUCUGUCAUUAUUUUUGAAUAUAGUACUGGUAAGUUGUAAUUGUUCAUGUACUUACGUUUAUUGUCAGUAUAUGUGCAUCUUAUUCAAUAAUAUAUUUGGUGUACAGACAUGCAGCGUUGAACUUCCAACACGUGAGAAAUUCUGUCAGUCCAAACUCUUCUGUUGGACAUCAAAUUUGUCACAGAAGACCAGGAGAAAAGCGAAGAAUGAGGAAGCAACAGUUGCAGACAAGUACGCUUUCUGAUAAACUCAUCCAAGUUCCUGAACAAAAUGUUUACAGAGUACAUAGUUGUAAGACCUAAUAAAAUGUAAAUGUAAAUAAAAUGCUGUGGGAAAUAGUGAACAAAUUUGUGAUAACGUUUUUGAGUGAGUAAUUGAGAAUCGAAGGCACAGUUCAGCGUGUUGAAGAAAUGGAAUGAUGAAUCUUCCCUAGGACAGACUGAAAAAUUAGUUCAGUUUUGUGAUAUUUUGGAGGACUCCAGACACAUUAAUUUACAUUGUAGAUGGAGUUAAUUUCUGUAUAUUCUAUUGAAAAGCAAGAUUUUAUGUAUAAAACUGUGUCUACAUUUUGAUAAGAAUAAAUGCAUUUGUAACCCUUUGAUAAAAAGCAAAUGUGCUCUAAAAAACACCCCAACAUAUUGUAACAGUAAGCAUCCUUGACCUGAUUAGUUUUUAAUUAUAUUUUUAUUAU